AUGUCCACACGUUCGACAUAUGGGCGCCAUGGACAUGCUGAACUUCCACAAGAGGUCGUCGUUACAAUCCAACGCAUCCUCGAGCUCAAUCCAGAGAACCAGAACGAUCCCCUUGAUGUUCUGUCUAACGAGUUUAAUCCACUAGAUAUGCUGAACCAGCUUUUUCCAGAUGAGGCCUCACUGAGCCAGCUAGAAACAGUUCAAGCAGGACUAUCUCAAAAUGAACGCAACUUGCAAGGCGAAAUUGAUGCACUCAAGGAAGAGCUAAGACAUGAUCAAGAUCCCAACCGUAUGCAGAUGAUUCAGGAAAUGAUCUCGGACCUCCUUGGGCAAAUGUCACGUAUUCGGGAGAAAGCGACAGAAUCUGAGGCUGUUGUGCGCGAUAUCACGAAAGAUAUCCAGGCUCUUGACCUGGCGAAGAAGAAUCUCAUCCUCAGUAUGACGACACUCAAACGCCUGCAGAUGCUGGUAAAUGCUCUGACACAAUUGGAAGACCAAGCAAAAGAGAAGAGAUACGGGGACGUUUCACAGACUCUUGCAGCUGUGAAGCAGAUAUCCGCCUCCUUUAAACCUUACACGUCCGUCCAUCGCAUUAAUCAGGUCUGGAGACGGGUACAACAAAUCCAGGGUGAGAUUCGCACUCAACUCGAAGCAGAGUUCGACGCGUUUUACCUCCAGGACCCCGCUAAACCCUCGAAACCUACUCAGAUCAUAGAUGCUUGUGCUGUAGCCGACGUUUUAGGCGAUGACGUUCGGAGACAUUUGAUUGACCGUUAUGUUGCACUUGAACUCAAGGAGUAUCGGCGCAUCUUCCGUGCCACAGAUGAAGCAGGUCAUCUCGACAAUAUUAGCCGGAGGUACGCAUGGUUUAGACGUGUGCUUGGAACACAUGAGUUGGAAUUGGGCCGCGUAUUCCCUUCAGAGUGGAAGGUUGGAUGGGCACUUUUCACGAAAUUUGUAGCUAUCACAAGAGAUGAUCUUGCAGCAUUGCUCUCUAAAGCAGGCUCCUCUUUGACAAUCCAAGCACUGCUCGAAGCCUUAAGGCAGACAAUCGAAUUCGAGUCGUCCAUGACAAAGAAAUGGUUAACGCCACUUAAUGAGAUAUUGGAAGCAAGCUCACCUCCGUCGUCAGCGGCCAUUCAGUCGAUGUCAUCUGCCUUUGAACCACAUCUUGGUGUCUUUGUGGAUGCUCAAGACAAAGCUCUUGCUGACAUGCUUGCCAUUCACCGAGCAUCGAGUUCGAAGGCAAAACCACGAACAUCCCUUGAUACCACCCCGCGUGAUUCUGUCUCCACAGAUGGGGACGCGGCUACUCCACAGACGGUACUCUCUUCGUCAACAGAAUUGUUUUACUUUUACGGUCAGAGUCUCGAGCAAUGCGCCAAGCUAUCGACAGGACAAACACUCUUUGAUUUGUGUAUGGUACACAAGAAAUGGCUGCGCAGAUAUGCUGAGGAUGUCCUUGCACCACGAUCAAAGCGGCCGACAGCACAAACACGGAGGUCAAUGGACUCGCGUUUUGAUGUUACGGAUUUGCAACAGGCCGCCCUGUUGAUCAAUACAGCGGACUACUGUCAAGCUACAGCUCUGGAGCUCGAGGAGAACAUCAAAGAGAAGAUCCAGGACGGCUUUAAAGAGAGAGUAACAUUGCAAGCAGAACGUGAUUUGUUCAUGACUGCUAUUUCCGUCUCUAUCAUGACACUUUUACGAGAAUUGGAGGCUGCUUGCGAGGGUGCUUUCACCACGAUGUCCCGUAUGUCGUGGGAGAAGCUGAACCAGGUCACUGGACAGUCUUCAUAUGUGGAUGAUCUUGCCCGGGCUGUCGAGAGCUUUUGCGACAUUAUAAAGCCCUUAAUCGAACAGAAAAAGUACCUGAGGAAUUUCUUUGACAAGGCAUGCAGUCUUGUCUUGGCGAAAUUCACCAACGCGACGGUGAAGAGCCGACCUUUGAGAGAAAUUGGUGGAGAACAAUUACUGAUUGACCUGGGUGUUGUCAAAUCUUACCUAAUGCGACUACCAGGAGAAGCACUAGUGACGCAGGGAUAUACCCGCAGCCUUACGAAGAGCACAACGAGGCUCGAGGCUCUGCUCAAGGUCAUUGUGACACCGGUGGACCCUCCUGAAGGUUUCAUUCUAAACUAUACUCUUCUCAUUGGCGACGCUUCAUUUUCAAAUUUCCAAAAGAUCCUCGAUCUGAAAGGCACACCGAAGGCCGAGCAGAACAGCCUUCUUGAUUCAUUCCUCACCAUUACGAGCACCAAGACAGAUCUCGACAGUACAUCGUUUCUUUCUGCCCUCGAUAUGGAUCCCCCCUUGACACUUGGUGCGACAUUCGGCAGCCCAGGCUCUAGCAGAGUCACCCUUCCGCUGUCAAUCACACCAGGCGCUGGAUCAGAUAGUAUAUUUGGAUCACUUGGGUCUCCGCCCUUGAGUGGACCACCCACGGGAUCCAGCACCGACGGAAGUACUUCCAGGGGGCUGGAACCGGGACAGAAGCGAGAAGCCUUUGACAUAAGGCGAUUUGUCACUUUCGGUUUGCGACGAUCGGAGACCUUACCGACUUCCUGA